AUGGAGUUUUCAGCAUCUCGAAUCAAAGACUGGCUACAGACAUGCGAUCGUGAUCACGAGGGAUGUUAUGACUUGCCAGACAACAAUCCUCUGGUAAGAGGAGAAAUAACUUUCCAAUUUCGCGAGGAAGUACAGUCAAAUUUUAGACUAAUUGAUGUUGAGUUGGAAUGUGUCAAAGAUGCUCGCCUUGGUGACAGAUAUAUUGCGCUGAGCUAUGUCUGUAAUCUGCCGUCUAUGUUCACGCUGAGGAAUGACAACGCCGAGCUGCUAUAUGUAGAAGGGUAUCUAGAGAGAGUUCGACCGGACCUCCCAAAGACUAUCAAUGAUGCCAUUGACCUCGUGCAAGCUAUCGGCGAGAGAUAUCUCUGGGUUGAUUCCCUGUGCCUCAUAAACGACAACGAAGGCGAUAUUGCUCUCGGCAUUAGAUUGAUGAACUCUGUUUUUCAAGGCUCAUACUUUAACAUUAUAGCCGCUUCGGGAACCGAUGCGAAUGCCGGCCUCUGGGGACUUGGGUUAGAUACUAAAGAACUGAUGGUACCACAGAGUUUCGAGGUUGGAAUCGACUUAAAAACGAGGCUGUCGAAAUCGGAGUAUAGCAAACGGGCCUGGACUCUACAAGAACUUACCCUGUCCCAAAGAGCCCUCAUCUUCGUCGACAAUCGACUCUUCUUCCGUUGCCAGGCGGCGAGCUGGGAUGAAACAUCUUCGACAGACAAACUGCCCAGUUUAGUCGAGUGCGGCACCAACGAGCCACGCAUCUGCGGUCUUCCCGGUCCGUCAGAUGGCGCAUUACCAUCCCUAGCGGCAUACGUAGAACUUUUCGAGGAGUAUUCCCGCCGAGAGCUGCGUUACGAUGGCGAUGCAAUACGUGCCUUUUAUGGACUUCUUCAGACCCUGUUCGGGGGGAUGGAAACCCCUUCCGCGGAAGGCCUUCCCGCAUUCUAUAUCAACGCGUUCAUGUUGUUCACGUCACCUGGUAGCAACCUUCGCCGCCGACAUGAGUUUGCGAGUUUUUCGUGGGCGGGCUGGGCAGGAGAACUCAAGUGGCCGCGAGAGAAUCUGAUCUGCUACGACGGAGAUGGGCGGCGAACACAAGGUAUGUCUAACAUCUUUAGGUGGCUAAAACGUAAUGAAAUCGCGGAGUGGAAUCUGUUUCAAACGCCCAUCGAUCAAGGAAAACUCCUUCAGCUUGGGUAUCCGCGUGGUAGGCUCCAAGGACGGAAUUCUCAUCUGCUCGAACUUUUAAGAGAAUUCCCGCAUGUCUUCGACAGUGAGACUGUGGAAGUUUGGAGGAGGCAUAGAGACAUCUCUACCUGUAGUAGCUUUCCUAUACCUUCUUGGGACGAAGAAAUCUCGAGAAUAGAAAACCCGCCAGCAGCCAGCGGAACCUCUAAAUCAUGCUUCAGUAAAUGGCACAUGCACGCCGUUAACUCUCAGGCUGAGUUCAACCGGCUCGCAACUAAGCUGGAUUUGGGACCACUCGAACUUGGCUAUACAUUUCGUAGCUGGAUUGCAUACCACGGAUGUCAUCUUCGCAAAUUGCGAGACAUGGCCAACCUUGAAUAUACGAAAGACAUCAGAUUCCUGGGCAGAGAUUGGCCUGUCGCCCUGCGCCCCAACACUGCCAUAUCAGAAUACCAAAAGCUACUGCAAGGAAACGAUCGUCGAGUCACGACUUGGGAAAGAACAAUUGAAUUUAUAUUGCAAGAUCGCAAUGAACCCCAGGACACCCCACUGCCCGUGCCACCCAAAUUUCCGGACUAUGACGUCUUACUGUCGUGGACCAUCUGCCUCCGCCUCACCCUCGCCGCGCCCAAGCCAGCAAGAAAUGCCCCCCAUCCCCUCCUCUCAGUUUCAGGAACCGUAGUCGGCUCCUUGCACCCCGACAACACCUCCCUCCUUUCACCCACCUCCUGCGAAAUCGAACUCAUAGUCCUCUCGCGCUGCCAAACCCCCAUUUACGGCUCCGCACUCUUGGGAAUCGAGAAAGAGCGCAUGCCCACCCCAGGGCAGCCAUGGAAUCUUCUAUAG